UCCUUCAUCUAAAACCUCACACAGGGCUCAGCUUACUCUUCUCCUGCUGCUUAGAGAUCCCACCUUAAGGAAAAGACAGCCAACAACUUAGAAACUGUCCCCCCCAAAAAAACCCCACCCCUCUUCUUUUAACAGCUUGAAAGUUGCAAGGGGCGGGAGUGGGGGGGGGGUCGCGAAGAAAAAACAAAACAAAACAAAACUGCCUUUCCAUCCCAUCCCAUCUCAUCCCAUCCCAUUCCCGCCAGCGAGUUUCCCCGGUCCCAGCAGAGCCCUCCUUCAAAAGACAGCAGCGCAGACGCUGCGGCUGAUUGGCUCCAUGUGCGAAAGCUCAAGAAAGCAUCGGGAAAGUUUUGAAAGAAAAUCAAAACUUCCUGCUUCAAGGUGGUCCCGGGUUGCAGGCUGGAGAAUCGAAUAUUUAUAACGCGUGCUGCUUAUGCCUGGGUGUGCAGGCAUGGAAAGCGGCACCCCUCGAUCGCCUUUUUAACGGCUUUCAACAGACUCCGCUUUUUGGAUUUUAUUUUUUAAUAAGAGGCGAAAGAAGUGGGAAGCCCAAGAUGUGGAAAGUUUGGGGAAUUUGGAGAAAGGUUUAGAGCGCUCUCGAUUUAGCUGCUGGGAGAGUUGUGAUUUGUUCUUGUUUUUUCGUUUUUCGUUUUUGUUUUUUUUGUUUUUUAAAAAAAGAGCUUCUCCCUUCCAGCCUUUGGAUGUUGUUUUUUGGGGGAAGAAAGUUUGCGGGAAGUUUGGAAUUUCGGAACCGGGGCCAGAUCUUAGGAGUGAAUCGCCACCGAACCUCAAUAAAGAAUACGAGGCUCUCUAAUGCCCGUCCAAAUAUUCCGCCUCACCCUUUGGAAAGAUGUGUACAUGCGCAGAGCAUCCUGCAGCCGCCGCUACCGGUUCACCCGAGCUGGAUAGAACCGGCUGAAUUUCACUACUUCCACACAGGACCACAGAAUGCUGUAAUUUGCCAUAAAUUUGAGCCAGUUGCUAAACCCCCAACUGCAAUCACAUGACCGCAAAGGUAGUGCAGCAGUCAUAACUUUGAGGACUGAUCAUCUGGAUUCUUCAACAAAAGCAGUGCCAAUUUUCACCCCACCUUGCCAGAUGUUCCUUUGACUGUGUUCAGCCUCUGACAAACUAUGUUCAAUCCGAUGAACCCUCCGGUUAACAGCUACAUGGAACACUGCUACCUUCGGCCUCUCCAUGGGCAAGGCCAACCUAGUGCCAUGGUAGAAGGCAUCAGUGAUUUACCAUACUAUCACCAAACCAACUCAGUGGGGAAUCACCAUACCUACGGAUUGGUACCUGGAGGUGAACAUCCUUCUCAUACUGAUGGUAGUCGUUUUUCUACACCCCGGAGCACAGCAAAGCUGACCAAAAAGCGGGCCCUGUCCAUCUCGCCACUCUCAGAUGCCAGCAUCGAUCUGCAAACUGUCAUCCGCACCUCUCCCAAUUCUCUGGUGGCUUACAUCAACUCUCGCUGUGCUUCAGCUGGGGGCUCCUAUGGGCACCUCUCCAUCGGUGCUGUCAGCCCUUCACUUGGGUUCCAGAAACCUCAAGGCAUGUCCUUUGGCCACAACCCCACAACAGUUCCCUGUGGGCCUCAUGAACACGUGACUGGCCGACCGGGGAUGAUGCACCAUAUGCCACCCCCUCGUGGGAUGCUGAAGCACUGCCAGCUGAAGUCAGAGUCCAGCCUGGGCAGCCCGCUGGAUGCCCUGAGCACCAAGUGCCUGGAGGAGUGCUCGGAGGGUGACAUUUCCAGCCCUGCCUCUACGGGGACACAGGACCCCUUACUAAGUGUUCUUGAUCCACGAGAUGAAUUGGAGAAGGAAGAUGGGAAGGUGGAAGCCGAAGCAGUUUAUGAGACCAAUUGCCACUGGGAAGGAUGCACCAAAGAGUUUGACACUCAAGAACAGCUAGUGCAUCAUAUUAACAAUGAGCAUAUCCAUGGGGAAAAGAAGGAAUUUGUGUGCCACUGGCACGACUGCUCCCGGGAACAACGACCCUUCAAAGCUCAGUACAUGCUGGUCGUCCACAUGAGGCGCCAUACGGGAGAAAAACCUCAUAAAUGCACAUUUGAAGGUUGCAAUAAGGCCUACUCACGGCUGGAGAACCUCAAGACCCACCUGCGCUCCCAUACUGGCGAAAAGCCUUAUGUUUGCGAGCACGAAGGUUGCAAUAAAGCUUUCUCUAAUGCUUCUGACAGAGCCAAGCACCAAAACCGGACACAUUCCAAUGAGAAACCCUACGUCUGUAAGAUCCCCGGCUGCACCAAACGCUACACCGAUCCCAGCUCACUGCGGAAACAUGUCAAGACAGUGCAUGGGCCAGAUGCUCAUGUCACCAAGAAGCACCGUGGAGACACUGUGCCCACCAGUCGGACUCUGGCUCUCCAUGGUGACAUGAAGCAGGAGAAAGAUAGUGAGGUCAGGAAGGAAGAGGGCAAACUCAUGGUACCUGAUUCUAAUUUGAAGCCGCAGCCCAGCCCUGGGGGUCAAUCGUCCUGCAGCAGCGAACGCUCCCCUUUGGGCAGCGCAAAUAAUAACGACAGUGGCGUGGAGAUGAACGCAAACGUAGGGGGCAGCUUAGAGGACUUGUCCGCGUUGGAGGAACCGUCUGAGCCCAUGGGAACCUCUGGGCUCUCAGCGCUGCACAAGCUGGAGAACCUGCGCAUUGACAAACUCAAGCAGCUGCGUAAGCCCCUCUCAAUGAAGGGGGUCAAGCUUCCUGCCAUCCCCGGGGCAGGUCCUGCAAGAGAGAUGCCUGGCUUGUGCGGGGCCCCCUCCGCAGCGGCUUCUCACCGGCGCAUUAUGGAGCUCUCAUCCAGUGACCUACCUUCUCUAACUGUGGCAGGAGACCGACGAGGUAGCACUACCAGCACUGUCAGUUCGGCCUAUACUGUCAGCCGUCGCUCUUCCAUGGUGUCACCCUAUCUGCCAGCCGGGGGUGUCCCCAAUGGAUUAGGCCCACCGGACAUGUAUGACCCAGUAUCCCCGGAUGCCUCAAGACGUUCUAGUGAGGCCAGCCAUUGCGGAGGACUUCCAGGGCUCGGUAACCUCACCCCAGCCCAGCAGUACCGCCUCAAGGCCAAAUAUGCCGCAGCAACGGGUGGGCCACCUCCUACACCUCUCCCCCAUAUGGACAGAGCCGCUCAGUCAAAUCUCGUAGGGGAUUAUUCUAGCUCGUGCUUGCCUCCUUUUGUGCAUGAGCACAGCACAAACGAUUACCAUGGUUACAGCAGCGCUGGCAUUCUCCAUCCCCACCUGAGCCACAGCGGCCGACGAGCCAGCGAUCCCGCGCAGGCAGUGGCGGAGGCCCAACCGGUUCCACGAGUGCAAAGGUUUAAAAGCCUCAGCAACAUGAGCCCGGCAAGUGCAGGGAGAGCUGAUGGACAAGUGACGGGGGGCACCGAGGCCAACCUUCCCCACCAUCUCUUCUCCCCACGGCCACCAAGCAUCAGUGAGAAUGUUUUUUUGGAAGCUGCCGCUAUGGAGAGCGCCAUCCCGGCUGGGGAGCCAGAAGUGCUGGAGAUGGAACCUUAUCUUACCUACCAGGAGCGGAACUACCCCUACCAAGCAACGGCCAUGGAGCUGCAGAGCAAUCUCGCUCAUCGAGGCACCUUGAAGCUGGUGGGUGAUUUACAAAUGAGUCCAGUGACCCACGAGCAGCUAGAAGGUGGCUUUGAGCAACCAGACUACAUCCAGUCUCAGUGCCAGAUGAAUGUGGCUUUCCACACCGCACGGCAGUGGGACAGCAAUAGCUCAGGAAUAAAUCCUGCAUCGCUCCCUGGCAUGGGGCAGUGCCACUCCACCCAGUAUCCGAUCCCUGAGGCUAAGCCCAUGGGAGCGGAGCCUGCCAAUCAUGGCCGACAGGGGACAUUCCAGUUUGGCCAGGCACAUAUUAAAGCCGAGCAGCAGUUCCAACCGGCCGCGGCUGCUCUUGCCUCCUGCCAGAGCAUGAAGCAGGCGUUAUACAACCAGUCUCAACCAGUCUGUGGAGAUGGUGGAUAUCAUCCCGAAAACCAGCAGGGCUCUUGCUAUGGUGUGGGGCAGCCCCUGAGCAGGAGAUCCCAGACCCCGAUGUUGCAAGUCAAGGAGAUGAUGGUACGGAGUUAUGUGCAAUCACAGCAAGCACUGAUGUGGGGGGACCAGCCGGCCAGCAACGUCAUGGAUGGCACAGAGAACGGGCACAGCCAGCAACACCAGCCUUACCCUGGUGUAAAGUAUCCAAGCUACCCUGCCAGGCCAUCAUCAGCUAUGGAAAACAAAGCACUUUCAAGCCCCAACAGCCAGUGUUAUAAUCCAAGGAUGGUCCCACAUCCACCUGGUGGACCAAAGCCACUGAACCGACAAAGCAACUUGAGCUAUCAAGCUAGCCCUUCUUAUGAAACCCCCGGUGAUGGUGGCUCCCACCAUAUGAUGCGCUUACCCCCUCUUCACGGUCCUGAAGAAACAGGCUUUCCCAUCCCAAUGCACGUGCCGCUGAGCAAAGCUUCUGGGCACAAGUUGAUGAAUACCCACCAGAGGCACCAUCAGCCCCCCAGCUGUGUGGCUGAGGAUCCCGGUGGGCCUUAUGCUCCUGGGCUGGAGGCCCCUAAAUCUGACUCUUUCUCUUAUCUGCCAGAGGAGCAGGUGUCUAACAGUUUGGACACUCUGGACUUAGAAAACACCCACUUGGACUUCACCGCCAUCCUUGAUGACGCAGAGGCCCUUAGUCCUACCCCACCUGGGGGCCCGACCAACAUGGCGGUGGGGGAUAUGAAUUCCAUGCUGAACUCAUUGGCAGGGGAGAACCAGUUCCUUAAUACCCUUUCCUAGUAUGUUUAGACAAGGCUCUGAUGACGAAGACUGCUAUUUAUCAGAAUCAGGCUGAUAUGAGCGACAAGCAUGACUCUUACCGGGCCGAACUCACUGGGGAGAGAGCUGAUUCUAACUAGUAACCUCCAGGUUCCUUGGUACAAAAUAGCAUAUAUAUAUUUUCCUUAUACACCCUAGAUAAGCUGAUCUGCUGAUCGGAUGGGCUGAAAGAUGGGCAGCUAAUGGGAAAGGAAGUGGGUUCAUCCCAGGCCCUUAGUGAGAAAAACAGAACUCAGGACUAUCUAGAUUUUUAUCUACGGUCAUUCAUCUCUUCUUCCCACUAAAUCCCCUUUCCCAAAGAAAACCAGUAUUUUUGAUAAGCUUCCCAAGUGCCUCUUUUCAAAUCUAUUAAGAAACAAGAAUGUUACAAAGGAUUUCUUGCACAGUGCCUCAGAAUUUGUUGAUAGGGUACCUUACGUCUGUUAUCGUAUAUAUUUAUAAUAGAUAUAUAUAUAUAUUUAUAAAAGCAAGCUUAGAUACAUGCAAUGCUGCAAAAAUGUGCAGAAUUGUCACCUAUUCAUACAUCUUUCCUGUAAGAUACACAGAGGAAGACAGACAUCCUCUGUCUGUCCGGAGGGACAACAUAUUAAAACUGCCUCUGUUGCCACAUGGAGUCUUUUAAGCAUGAUUGUAGAACCCUCCCAGAUGCUGGAAUAUACAUUACACCCUCCUUGGUCUUUUGACCAUGCUGGUUUGGGCUAAUGAGUCCAGCAACAUCUGGAGGACGAGGACUGUCCCACCCUUGGAAGUUGCUGAGUCUCAGGUCAUAUUCCAAUACAUAAUACGCCACGUUUAGCUCCAUUCCCACAUUUCAGCUCCCAAUUUGCAAAGCUAGCAAAAGUUAACCUGGCAUUUCUAAGUACCACCAAUUUGUCUUUUGCCAUAAGCUCCCACCCGGUAAUUACUGCCAUUAUAAAACCUGAAAUAUAAAAUAUAAGUACAAUGCUAGGAAGGUGCUCGUAUUCUGUUCUCCUGCCAGAACUCUUGCCUUAAUUAUUUUCGCCUACCUAACAGUUUCACACGUGCCUUCCCCUCUCUUAUGGCACCUGGCCAUACUACAAUAAAGGUCCCCUCUGCACUGUGUUUUAGAUUUAAGGGCCCUUCCCCAGCUAUAGUCAUGCGUAUGACUUGCUCAGUUGGAAUGUGGUUUGAGGACAUAUGGAAAAUUUAUGCUCAUGAUUCCAUACAGAGAGAAGUUCCAUGUGUGUAUUUUCUGAGGGCUGGGAUAAAGAUGUUUUAGACGUGUGUUUGAAAAAAGCUAGAUGAUCAUGUGGGAGGCAUAUGUUUGCAAAUGCAGCCUUCAUAAAGAUACAUUCCUCAGGGAACUGGAUGUUGCUGGAUGGUGCCCAUUCAGUGUGAAAAGAUUUGUAAUGCCACAUAUUGGGGAACAAUGAGAAACUAGGUAAGAGAAACCACAAGCUUAUCCACCAUGUGCCGCAAAUAAAUUUAUAUCCAUUGUAGAAGGCUAAAUAGAAAGUUGGACAAAUUGGCACAUUAAGAGCUAAAUGCCUAUGGAACAAAAGAAUCUUCUUGUAAAUUCAGAUUAAUUUAUAAGAGAAAAUAAACACCCAGCACGCAGUUCACUUAUUAA